CUCGAUGUUUCCUCUGCCCACUCUUCACUUUUCACUUUUCACUUUUUUUCUCCACUAAUCACUCCCUCUUCUUUCUUUGUAAAUACACAAAAAGAUGGCCACGCUCGACUCGGCCAUCCGCCUGUGCUUUGUAACAGGAAUCCUCCUACUGGUCGUUUUGCUGGGAUUACUUGCCGUGCGAAUGCUCACGCUGGGCUCGCAAACGCACCAACAAAGCAACCGCUCGCGCAUCCAAGCCAGCACAACCCCAGAUACCAGCGCACACCCUGCCUACUACAUCGGCUUUUUCCACCCGUUUCCGAACGCUGGCGGCGGCGGUGAGCGCGUCCUCUGGACAAUGAUCCAGGCGCUCCAAACCAAAUACCCAUUCCUGGUCAGCAUAAUCUACUCUGGCGACCAAAUACCCCUGGGUGAGUUGCUCGCCAAUGUGCGCGAGAAAUUCGGCCUCGAGAUCCGCCCAGAAACCAUAUAUGUAGUGGAGCUGCGCAGCUGCUGGUGGGUGGUGCACCGCUUCCGAAGGCUGACGCUUUUGCUGCAGAGCCUCGGAUCAGUUGUUUUGGCCAGCGAGGCCCUGCAUGGGUUCUGCCCGGAUGUUUUUGUCGACACUGUUGGUUACGCCUUUGCGUAUCCGCUCGUGCGCCUGGUCGGCAGCGGCAGCAUCCCGGUGGUCGCUUACACACACUACCCGACUAUCAGCAGCGACAUGCAGACGCUCGUGGCAUCGCGCGAAGCCGGCAUUGCCAACGACCCUACAGUGGCCGCCAGCCUAUUGCUCACCCAGCUCAAGCGCCUCUACUACACCCUGUUCGCCCAUAUGUACGCCUUCGCCGGCUCAUUUGCUGCCACAAUAAUGACGAACUCAUCAUGGACGCACGCGCAUAUUAUUGCGCUGUUUGGGAACCCGAGAAUGACUCGGAUUGUGUACCCGCCAUGCGACACCGCGAACCUCGCUGGGUUUGCGCUCAGCCCCAGGGUGCCUGCAGUGGUGUCGCUGGCGCAGUUCCGCCCGGAGAAAAACCACGAGGUACAGGUGCGCGCCUUCGCCAGGCUACUCGCCGACUGCCCGCAGAUGGCUGCCCCGAAACACUGGAUGAUGCCUGCGGACAACGACAACCUGGACUUCCCUGUGCUAGUGAUGAUCGGCGGCGCACGCAAUCUCGCAGACGAGGCGCGCGCCGAGACCCUGCGGCAGCUGGCCGACUCGCUGGGCGUCGGCCGCCAGGUCAAAGUCGUUGUGAACGCACCCUGGGACAACGUCCUGCAGUGGCUGCGCCGCGGCUCCGUUGGCCUGCAUACGAUGCGCGACGAGCACUUCGGCAUCAAUAUUGUGGAGAUGAUGGCUGCUGGGCUGCUGACUAUUGCGCAUGAUUCGGCUGGGCCAAAGAUGGACAUUGUCACGCCGGCUAUUCGCUGCCAGGAUACCGGCGCUCCCCCGCUGCUCCCUGAUGUGGAGCAGCAGGAGCGGUGCUUGAGAGAGGGCGGAGGCAGUGGGUUUCCGGUGGGCAUGGUUGCGCGCUCUGUGGAUGAGUUUGCUAUGAUGAUGCGCGUGGCCUUGACGGCCUCGGAUACUCUACGGGAGGCCAUGCAGUGUGCUGCAAGGGCCUCGGUCACCGCAAAGUUCUCUGAAGACGCUUUCCGCACGGCAUUCUACCGCCGCUUCGACCCCGUGCUCAAAUGGCUAGACAUCCAGCAGUUGGACUCCGAAUGAUUCGUACGAACAAAAACAAAAUAAAAUAAAAUAGUAGGAUCCAAUUACUUUUCUGUACUUUAAU